AUGUCUGGCUGGAAACACUUGAACGUUGCUGUUGUGGGUGGCGGCAUCGGCGGCAUGUCAGUCGCUAUUGCUCUACGUCGUGCCGGUCACGAUGUCACUAUCUACGAGAGAGCAGACUUUGCAGGUGAAGUGGGUGCUUCCGUGUCUUGUGCAGCCAAUGGCACCCGCUGGCUGCAUGAGUGGGAAGUCGAUGUUGCUAAAGGUGAUCCUGUCGUUUUGAAGAAGUUGAUCAACCGUGACUGGAAGACGGGAGAACCUGUCAGUGUUUACGACUUGAAUGAUUAUGAGGAGCGUUGGGGAUAUGUAUACAACAUGUUUCACCGACAGUAUAUGCACUCCAUGUUGAAGGACUCUGCGCUAGAUGACGAUGGAAAGACUGGCACGCCCGCUAAGCUGGAGGUUAACCACAAAUGCAAAUCUAUUGACAUGAAUACAAACACAAUCACUUUCGAGAACGGAGUGACAGCGCAACACGACCUCAUCAUCGGUGCUGACGGUAUCGGAUCCGCAGUACGAGGUAUCAUCGGUAUCAGUCCCGCAAAGCGUCCAGCUGACCAGCAAUGUCUGCAUGCAAACGUAACCACCGAAGAAGCGGUUCGACUAGGCUUGGUGGAUUACUCGCAGGACAGUGCAUUAGAAUAUUGGGGCGGCCAAGAAGGCAAGUGGGACAAGAUCGUGUUGUCUCCCUGCAACGGUGGCAAACUGCUAUCAUACUACUGUUUCUUUCCUCGUGAAGUCAGCGAUUACACGACCCAGGCCUGGGGCUCAGAAGGCCGACCCGUUGAAGACUUGCUGAAGCCCUAUCCCAACCUUGACCGCCAAGUCCUCGAUCACCUUGCCAUUGGUCAGGAAAUCCAGCCCUGGCGACUGUGGGUCCAUGAUCCAUACCCUUACAUCUCAAAGGGCCGUGUCUGUCUUCUGGGUGAUGCGGGACACCCAAUGAUGCCCCAUCAAAGUCAGGGGGCGUGCCAGGCUAUUGAAGAUGCGGCUGCCUUGGGUAUCCUUUUCAACAAGAAAUACUUCAAUGGCGACGUUGAGCAGACUCUUGAGGUCUAUCAGGAGGUUCGUUUGCCCCGAGCUACUCGAGUUCAGGCCGCAGCAGCCAAGGCAGCUUAUAACAUCAAUGAGAGAAUUGGAUUCUCCGAAAAUAAGAAUAUCCCCACCUAUAAGGUCGAAGACCCAAAGAAGGUGUUGACAAUUGAAGAGAUGAACGCAUAUGAUAUGUACCGAGAUGUUGAAGAGAAACUGGCCGCAAAACGUGGCAAUCAAUAUAAUGCCCAGUUCCUCUGCGGAUUACCUAUUGGUCUUAAGCUUCCUAGUGGAAUUAUCAUCGGAGCAGCUGCAUAA